AUGGCGACGCGAAACCCGGCUUGUGAUGUGGCUGUGGCGUCGUCGCACACUCUGAUCGUUGGCCGCGCUGACCGUGACCAGUAGUGCGCAUUUAGCUGCGAGGUGUGUAUCCGAUCGCGAAUAGAACACGCGCUCGCACGGACGCGCUGACGCUUUCGGCAGCGAGUCGACGAGUUCCACGCCAGUACGCACGCGCCCGGCGCUCUUCCGUCUCUUUCCGGCCCUCGGCGUCCGAGAGGGUCUCGGAACGUUAGUCGCGACACGUAACCGAGAGACCGCGUGCAAGAGAGGCCACCAGAACCGACCUCCUCCGUCAACGAUGUCGACCAAGUCCGGCAAGAAGACCGCGGCGGCGACGGCCGCCGCCUCUUCCGCGACGAUCGCCUCGUCGUCGUCGGCGAGCCUCCAAUCCCCGUCCAAUCCCCAGGGCACGUCGACGCCGAUCGUCGGCCGGCGGCCGGGUAGCCCGCUCAGCCCUACCCGCUAUUCGCGGAUGCAGGAGAAGCAGGAUCUGCAGAAUCUCAACGACCGUUUGGCAUGUUAUAUCGAGAAGGUGCGUCACCUCGAGACCGAGAACUCCCGGCUGACGCGGGAGGUGCAAACCACCCAGGAGACCGUCACCCGGGAGGUGUCCAACAUCAAGGCCAUGUACGAGCACGAGCUCUCCGACGCGCGGAAGCUGCUCGACGAGACGGCUAGGGAACGCGCCAAGCUCGAGAUCGACACCAAACGGCUUUGGGAUGAUAAUGAAGAUCUCAAGAGCAAAUUGGAAAAGAAGACGAAAGACUUGCAGAUAGCAGAACGAAAUGCAAUGAUAUAUGAAACACGCUGUAGUGAUCUGCAAUCGCAGUUCAAUCAAUCGCAGGCAGAGCGCAAGAAGCUCGCCGAGAAAGAUCGGGAUUCAGAGAAGGAAAUUGAUCGAUUGAAAGCAUUGCUCGACGACGCGCGAAAACACCUGGAGGAGGAGACUCUGCAACGAAUCGAUUUGGAGAAUAAUAUUCAGAGUCUUAAAGAAGACAUCAGUUUCAAGGAUCAAGUUUUUCAGCAAGAGCUUACGGAGACUCGUACGAGACGACAAGUUGAAAUAUCUGAAAUAGAUGGGCGCCUCGCAGAACAAUAUGAGGCUAAAUUACAGCAGUCGUUACAAGAAUUACGCGAUCAAUAUGAGGCGCAGAUGCGUGCUAAUCGAGAGGAGAUUGAACUUUUAUAUGAAAAUAAAAUCAAGAACUUAGCAUCUCAUGCACAACGUAAUAGUGGUGCCGCCAGCAUAGCAGUCGAAGAAUUAAGACAGACACGCUCUAGAAUCGAAGGGCUUAAUUCAAGAAUCAGUGAGCUCGAAGCAGCUAAUAAUGCGCUUAAUGCACGAAUCAGAGAUUUGGAAAAUUUACGAGAAAACGAGCGUGCUCGUCACGCAGAAAGCUUGGCUGGAUUGGAAGCAGAAUUAGCACGCAUGCGAGACGAAAUGGCUCAGCAGUUGCAAGAAUAUCAGGAUCUCAUGGACAUUAAAGUGGCACUUGAUUUAGAAAUCGCUGCAUAUCGUAAAAUGCUCGAGUCUGAGGAGGCCAGAUUGAACAUCACACCUGUACAAUCGACGAACACGUCUGGUAGAGCAACUCCGUCCAGACAUACGCCUCUUAGAGGCGGUAAACGAAAACGCACUUUGUUGGAGGAAAGUGAAGAGCGCAGUAGUAGUGAUUAUAGCGUUACAGGUACUGCUAGGGGUGACGUAGAAAUUGCAGAAGCAGAUCCCCAAGGACGAUUUGUGAAACUUACUAAUAAGGGCAGUAAGGAAAUAAGUUUGAGCGGUUGGCAGCUUAUGCGUAAAGCUGGUGCUCUGGAAACAGUGUUCAAGUUUCAUCGUACCGCUAAGCUCGAAGGAGGUGCUAAUGUAUUGGUAUGGUCGGCUGAUAUCGGCGCAACGCACGAGCCACCGUUCAACAUCGUUAUGAAGGGUCAGAAGUGGUUUGUAGCAGACAACAUGACUACAACUCUGAUCAAUAACGAAGGAGAAGAAAUGGCAACUUCUGAACGCAAGAGACAACAGUUGUCCACAAGUUUAUCUCGGCAUAGGGAAAGUAUGGGAUUCCGAUCAGCAGAAGAACUUCAUCACCAACAGAGAAGAUAUCUCUACCCGUAUUAAGGGUGAGGGCACACGACUCUGAUGGGCACUUUAUAGCGAUCCCCAAGGCGAAGAACGUUGCCGCAUUAUGUGAACAUAAAUUUAUCAUAAGCUUAAAUAUUUACAUUACAUUAUACUCUAAAUUAAUUUUGACAAGUGAAUCUUGUAUUUCAUAUCUUUGACAUUAUACUCUAAAUUAAUUUCUGUUCAUUUUUUCAGCUUAAAUAUGAGAAUAUUUUAUAUUUGAUCUUCAUAUGC